AUGGGACACGCGCAGCUGCCCCCCGUUCUAGCCAUGUGGCAGCUAGCUGUUCCCGAAAUGGCCUUCGAGUACCCGCCGCUCCUGCACACCAUCCUCGCCGUCGCGGCCACCCACCGCGCCGCUUUACUGCCUGACACCGCCGAGGUUGACGCGGAUCGUCUCCGCGCCGCGCAUCACCUCCACAUCGACCGAGCCUUAAAGCACCACCGCGCGGAGACAGCCCGAGUCAAUCGUCCGGGCACGGUAGUCUCCGAGGCGCUUUGCAUGAACACGAUCCUGAUCUGCCUAUACGCGCUGACGCUCCGAGGAGGCGCAAAUGGGACUACUAGCACAAGCACCACCUACGAGCCCCCACUAUUAUGGCUGCACAUGUCCCGGGGCAUCCGGCUGAUGAUCGGACGGGCGUACCAUGGUCUCGUCGGAGCCAAGGCGCGGAUCGCGCCGUUGCUGAUGGCCAAGCCGCUCGUGCAUGGGGGCGCUGCGACGGCUGCUAUCACCUCUCGAGUCACGAUCGCCACCACCGCUACCCCCACAUCUACUAGCAACAUGCGCAACAACGCCAUUGGUUACUGUAACCCUGACGAAGAAGGCGAGACGCCGGAGAUCCACGCCCUCUACGAUGAAUGCGUCAAAUACCUGGAGGGGAUGUACGUCGCGGUCGUGGACCAUGGGGAGGCGGGCUUUGAUCUGCGGAAGCGCUUCUCCUCGUUUGGGCCGAUGACCCCCGCCCCGUUUGUGGGGCUCGUGGCGGACCGCAGGCCCCGCGCGUUAGUCAUUCUCGCGUAUCUGUUUGCGUUGGCGAAGGGAGCGGAGGAGGUGUGGUGGUUGAAGGGGAUUCCGGAGCGGGAGGUUAGGGGAAUUUAUGGUGCUUUGCCGGUGAGGUGGAAGGGGGUGAUGCGGUGGGCGUUGGAGUACGUUACUGGGGAUGGGAUUGAGGUGUAA